GUAGUCAUAAUUAUAUCUUCUGAUAUCUUCUGGAGAUGGGCGAUCCGUUCAGACGGCAAUCACUGAAGUAGUUCAGCGUCAUUUUCUCAUAAGAUUCUCCAGAUCUUCAAUCGUUCUCCAUUUCUCCAUCAAUGGUGGGAUUUUUGGCAACUAUUACGCGCCUGUACCCUCCCUCAGCCCAAUUAUAGGGGCAUCGCCAAAAUAAGAGAGUUGGGUGUUUGAGCAAAUAACCGUCCUCCGGAAAACACCAUAGCACAGCUAGCUGGUUUUUGAGAUCUGGAAAACACCUCCGUUCCACCAAGGAUCAAGGGUUAGGUAAGUACUUCUGGAUUUGAUGGCUUCUUCAUCCCACAUUUUGGAGGAAGAGAAAGAAGAGAUAGAUUCGGAUGAUGAAUUUUUUCAAGACGGUUACCAUACUAUCACUAAAAAGGAAGAGAUGGAAUAUUAUUGUGCAGUCCAAGAAUCCCAGGGUUUUGAUGUACCAGAUUUUGGUACCGUUUAUGCAUUUAGUCUCAUCACUCCAAUGAAAUUGCAUGAGUUCCCGAGUAUGCUUAAAGAGGUUCAAAUCUCACCAAAUGAAGCUAUCAAACAUUACAACAACGAAAAUGGAACUAAUUUUGAACUGGUAGACAUUGUGAAGGCUAAUCAUUCGGGGUGUUGUGGCUCAAUGUAUUACAUCACAUUUAAUGUGAAGCCGAUUGGAACUUCGGUAGAAUUUCCCCCGAUAACCUUCCAAGCUAAAGUUUAUUACGCUAUUCCUAUAAAAGAUAUUAUAGACGUCGAACUUUGCAGGCCAAAGCCCUCUAAUUAGCGACCGAUAAGUUACUAAUUAUUUUUUAUCAUAUUAUUUUGUUUCGACAUGAGGUCUACUUUGUACUCAAGACUGUUACAUAAUUUUUUUUUUGAAACAAUUAACUAUAUUGGUGUUAUGAUUGAAAUUUGUAUGGUUUUUUUUA